CACAUCCACCAGGAGAUGGACGAUGAUCAAGACGGAGGGAUCGAGGUGGAGGAGAGUGUGGAGUUCAUUAUUGAGGACAUGCAGCAGCAGCAGCAGACAAAUAAACACAGUAAACUGCACAGAGAGGACCAGCACAUCACUGUGGAGGAGCUCUGGAGAGGCUGGAAGUCCUCAGAAGUUCAUAACUGGACGCAGGAGGAUGUGCUGUGCUGGCUGCGAGAGUUUGUGGAGUUGCCGCAAUAUGAAAAGAGCUUUAAAGAGUUACAUGUCAAUGGAAACACACUGCCUAGGAUUGCAUCCAAUGAGCCAUCGUUCAUGAGCACCUACCUGAAGAUCCAGGACCAGCAGCACAAACACAAGCUGAAGCUCAAGGCGCUAGAUGUCGUGCUGUUUGGACCACCUACACGGCCACCACACAACUGGAUGAAGGAUCUGCUGCUCAUCGUGUCGGCAGUGAUGGGGUUGGGUGGGUGCUGGUUCGCUCAGGUGCAGAACAAAGCAUCAAAGGAGCACAUUUCCAAAAUGAUGAAGGAUCUGGAGAGCCUACACAGAGCUGAGAAGAGUCUCAGAGACUUGCAAGAGCAGCUGGAGCGGGCCCAGGAGGAGAAGCGUACAGUAGCAGUGGAGAAGCAGUUUUUAGAGGAGAAGAUGAGGGAUGAGAUCCAGGGAGCUCAAGAGGAGGCCAACCGGCUCCAUGAGCUUCGCAAGGGUGCUGUCAGUGAACUCAGCCGCCUUAGAUAUGCUGAAGAAGAACUUGAACAGAUUCGAGGGGCACUGAAGAAGGCAGAGCAGGACAUUCAAGCUAGCUGGUCAAUGCCGGAGUCUCUGCAGCUGUGGCUGCAACUCACACAUGAGAUGGAGAUGCAGUACUACAAUGUCAAAAAGCAGAGUGCUGAACAGCAGCUGGCCACUGCCAAGUAUGAGGCAGAAAGAAUUAAGAAGAAGAGAGGUUCUGUUCUUGGUACCCUCCAUGUGGCACACAGUUCCUCUUUAGAUGAAGUGGAUCACAAGAUUUUACAGGCCAAAAAUGCCCUCGCAGAGGUGACGGCAUGUUUGCAAGAACGCCUGCACAGGUGGCAGCAGAUCGAGAUGUUGUGUGGAUUUGCUGUAAUGAACAAUGCUGGACUGUCCAGCCUCACAGCCAUCUUGUACCCUGAUGCCAGCUGGAUGGUCUUGCAAAGAGCAACCAUGUCUUCCUACCAAACGCCUGUAAGCAUUGAUGACAUGGAGGAUGGUAUGCCUUCCAUGAUGCCACAAAAAAUUCCUGUCACAGUUACUCCACUCAAGCCUUCUCCUCGAGCGUUGGUCCGUUCUCGUAGAUCAGGUCAUAUCAUCCAAUCACCUGUGAUUCUGUCACCUGAUCCUGAUCUUCUAAUCCCCAUUCGGCCUCCUCUCCCUUCAUAUGGUGAGGAGGAAGGGGAAGGAAUAAUUUUCCCUGCUAUUUUGAAACAAGAGUGUCUAGAGACAGCCUCCGAGUCUGAUCCCACUGGGCCCACUGUUGGAAUAAAAUACACCAGCCCUGGAUUGGAUACUUCACCUCGAAAACUAUAUCGUGAUAAGCUGGAGCUUUUCUCUGAUAGUGUCACAAGUAAGAUUCCACUUGAUGGACAUGAGAACAGUCCCGUGCGCAAGAUAUCACGAGAGGAACUUGGGGUUCCUCUAAGGAGUGAUUCUAGAAAAGUUUCAUAUGAAGAACUUCGAGUUGAAACCCAAGCCAGAAAGAUAUCCAGAGAGGAACCUGAGGUGGCUUUGGUCAGUCCUGUGUGUAUAAAAGAACCUGAGGGUCCUGUUGAUUUCAAGAAGAUUCCAAGAAGUUUACCAAUAGAUUCUACUUAUUCUUCUAUUAGACUGUCCACCAGGGAGAAAUUAGAUUCCCCCAUGGAACCUUACCUUGGAAUAAGAUACAUGGAUGAUACUGAGGUGAAUGUGGGCAGUCUGCAACGAAAGGUGUCUAAAGAAAGGAAUGAUCCCUCAGGAGAGGGCCUGUCAAAAAUGACACCAAAAGAUGAAUAUGUGACAGAUAUCCAAAGUGGAGAUACAGGUCAAGAUUUUGAUGUAGAUAUGGACACUGCUCCAAGAUUAAUGCUUAGAGAGGAAACUCAAAAGGGACAUACCCUGUUAAAGGACAAACCUUUAGCCUCUACUUUCACAGGCCCUUUGAGAGAUGAGCAUGAUGACUCAGUCUCAGUGGAUGGACAAAGAGUAAUGGUAAGAGAUAGCAAAGAGUUGCCCAAAGAACGAUUUUACGGAAAGGUGCCCAGAGAUGAACUAGGUCUGUCCAUGGACAAGGGAAAGCUGAGUAGAGGUGUUUCAAUAGAUAGCAGUUUUAGGAAAAAGGCACAUGAUGAUUUGGAUGCGUCAAUGGAAAAUAAGCAAGGAAUGUCUUUAAGAGAGAGAAGGGACAAUGCUGUAUCCAUGAAGCUCUCAAGAGAUGAGCGUGAUGUUGUCACAGAGAGACAAAGACUGAUCCGGGAUGUCAGGCCAGACAAUACUUUGGACACACCCAGAGAUAUAAUCCAGAGAGAUAUGUCAGACAUGCCUGUGGAGACUGUUAGGCCAAAGAUAUCCAGAGAUGAGUUUGUAGUUCCAGACCCAGGUCAUUUCAAUCAACCUGACCUUACAAUCAACUCCCUAAUGCUCUGGACUCCAACCUCAGACCCCCUUAGUCAUCUAGUGUAUGAUGGUAUUUUAGAGAAGUCUUAUCAGAACACUCUGAAUAUGACCAGUCCUGGAGAUCUCAGCCAUCCUGCCUCGCUAUCCUCAAUGUCUGCCUCCUCCCAAAGUCUUGUGAGCAGUGAUGGUGCUGGCAGCAGUUCUACUCCAUCUGGAAAUCUCUCGCCAGCAGAAUCCUAUAGUCGAGGCAAAGGCAAGAAAACCUUAAAGCUCAAGAAUCUGUUCAAAAAAAAGAAAGCUAAGGAGAAAGAUAAAGAUGCAAAACAAGAACAUCCACAAGGGGGUUUACAGAAGCUGUGA